AUGAUCGAAACAGUCCAUGACGAUGAGAAUGGCUCAUGCUCCGAUCAUGAUGAUCAUUCAUGUUGCCAUCAUCAUCAUCACGAAGAUUACGAAGAAAAAGAUCCACAAAUCAUUGAAUUAUUUGGAAAAGUAAAUUCUAUAUUUUCAAAAUUAGAAAAAAUCACCUAUCGGGAUGAUGAAGAAGAGCAAGCCUUUUACUCCAUUAUGGCUGCACUAUUUCCGGAGGAGUGCCAGCAUUUGGUUCAUGACGAGCAUAACCUUGUUACAUCAGAAGAUCAUGUAGAAGCCUCAACACCAGUUGAAGUAGUGAUUGAGAAAGCCAUAGAGAGUCAAACUCCUCAAGAUAUUCUUAUUGAAUUACUUUCUGAUUUCAAAUAUGGAAAGGAUAGACGAUUUCAUGGCAAAUUGUACAUGUUAUCUAAAGCAUUUUUAUUUGUUGCCAAGUUUUGGAGCUUGCAGUUUUAUUAUGAGGACAGUGAUGACGAACAAGCAGAGAAGACUGAAAGAAAAUAUAUUCCUGACGCUGUGGAUGAGUCAAAAUUAGCAAAAUGUGUUGGAUUUUCAUUUGCGUGGGUGAAUGUGAUAUUUCCUCGAUCUAUUCCAGAAUAUGAGCCUUAUAUUUGUGUUUUAAUUGAUUCUGGAAAGCUGAAAAUUUCUGAUUUGUGGUUGGAGAAGGGGUUAAAUAUUGUGUCAUUUACUAGUAGUGGUAAUGGACGAAUGAAUAUUAAGAAAGCUCCUUUGCACUUUAGCAAGAGAAUGAUUAGCCAAUUUCGAGGGGAAAAUUUAGUGAUCGGUGACAAGCAUAAUGAAACCACAAAUACACCUGAGAUGAACUUUACCUUGGAUAUUGACAUUGCAGAGGAACCAGAUGUAGUGGGAGAUGCUUUUAACGAGGAUAAUCUACUGCCAUUUCCAACACAUAGAUUUUCAAAAGUUAUUUUCAACUUUAUUGGCCAUAACAUUUUAUUGAACAAGCCUGUAAUCAUGCAAUAUUUUCGAAUUUUAAGAAGUAAUGGCAUUCUUGAUUUUAAAACAGAGCAUGUCGAUCAGAGUGCUAUUGAACCCCUUUUUGCAAGGAAGUAUGAGUUUGAGAAAAAUUUAUGGAACAGCGGCUUUUGUGACAUUUCAGUACAAAAGAAAUACGAUGACGAAACUACAAAGUAUGCUCCUUAUUAUUUGCAUGUACAAGCCAGAAAACGAUAA